AUGACAUCCUCGGAGCUAGAAAGCCGUAACAUCGCCAUAUCGAUGAGAAAAUCAGUUGAGAACUUGGUAAUAUCAUCGCAGGAUGCCAUCGGACAGAGUAUCAGCCAAGCGCUCACCUUCUCCGGAGUGAUCACACAACACACCAACAAUAUAUUGCAGGAGAACAGGAGUGUGUCCCGUUCGCCUUCGCCGUCUCCCUCCGUGUCGCUUCGUACCACGGACAUCGCCAUCGAUACUUUAGACAAUGACAAGAUAAGCGAGUCAUCCAUCCAUGCAGCUAUUCACGGCGGCGGCGAUACUGCGUCGAUAUCCAGCGGCGAGCUGCCCAUCACCAUCGUCAGUGCUUCGCCCCCCUACAAUAAAAGUGACAAUCCUAGAUUAUCAUCAGUGAAUAUAAAUGUGAAAGCAUCCGACACGGGUGGAGGGGCGAGGAUUAAAAAGAAAUCUUGGUACAAUUCCUUGUACCCCACAUACAAAAGCAAAUCAGACGACUUCAAGAGACUGUUCAAAGACUUGCCUGAUGACGAGAGACUUAUAGUUGACUACUCAUGCGCGCUUCAAAAGGACAUCCUGGCUCACGGGCGUCUGUACGCGUCGCAGAACUACCUGUGCUUCUACGCCUCCAUCUUCGGCUGGGAAACCACCAUGAGCCUUCGGUGGAAAGACAUCACCGCUAUCACCAAGGAGAAGACUGCGCUGGUAAUCCCAAACGCUAUCCUAGUAUGCACAGAAGGCGAGAAAAAUUUCCUCACAUCGUUCUCCGGCAGAGACAAGGCCUACUUGAUGCUGUUCAGGAUAUGGCAGAACGCGUUGAUGGACCAGCCCAUGAGCAGCCACGAGAUUUGGCAGUGGGUGCACAGUUGCUACGGUGAAGAGUUGGGGUUCAAUUCGGACGAAGAGGGGUACAACCGAGAUCCACCUGACGACGUACCGUCCUUGGCGCCAGACUCUAUCUCCGACGACCUGGUGGAUUCGUCUUGUAUGGAGGCGAGCGGCGGCGACGCGAGAGAAGACACGCAUCGGAGCAGCAGACCGCCUGUCAACCGAGACUCAUCUCCACCGCUCGUGACUAAUGGUGAUACGGAUUACCGCGAGGAAGUGGCAGGAGACACGCUGCCCACCGACAUGUCUGACUCAUCAGACAGCGAACCAGAAAAACCACACAACGGUGGCGACGUAGAGAAAUGCACAAACGCACACGAGGGCAAACUGCUCCUCCGCCAGGAGUUCCCCUUCAACAUAGACCAAAUGUUCACAAUGAUCUUCACCAACUCCAAGUUUAAUCUCGAACUGUUAGCAGCUCGGGGGACAACGGAUUAUGUUCAGGCACCUUGGCAGGCACAAGGCGGUCUCAAAUGUCGACAAAUCAGUUACACGCUGGGGCUUACGUCAGGCCCUAUAGGGCCCAAGGAAGUUCAAGUCACAGAGACACAGGUAAUGAACAAAUGCUCAAAGCCCGGCCAGCUGUACUCCAUCGACUCGACGAGUGAGAACGCGGGCAUUCCCUACGCAGACUACUUCAGCGUACAGGUCCACUACUGCCUGCAGAGGGUCUCCGAGACCUGCACCGACCUUUCCUUCUACGGUGGCGUCAAGUACAAGAAGAGCAUGUGGCAAAUGACCAAAGCAUUUCUUGAGAAGAACACAAUGUCAGGGCUCGAGGAUUUCUGUCGGCUGUUGGAGCAACGGCUCGGGGCUGAGGCGGAGUGCGCUGUACCGGCUGCGAGGAAGAUCAGAAGACAUCGGAGAGUCACCACAUCAUCCCCUGAGCGUGUGGUGGCCCCGCUGCUCCCGACGGCGAGCCUGUCGUCUCCGCGCCCUCCCACGGUGGUGGUGGGUCGGGGGGCGCGAGGGUCACGCUGGCCCCCCCUGUGGCUGUUGUCGCUGCUGAUAGUCCUACUGUUGCUGAACGCGUUGCUGUACUGGCGCCUGUACCACGUGGAACGACAGACCAUCGACCUGGACGAUUUGCAGAACAGGAUGUCCGGCGCGCGCAUGUCGGAGUGGUCGCGCCUGCUGCAGCAGCACACGCGGCGCCAGCGCGGCCAGCUGCUCGCCUGGCGCGCCGCGCUCGACGCCACGCGCGCGCACCUCGCACAGACGGAACAGGCGCUGACGAAGUUAUUGGAGACGAUAAAGCCGUCGUUGGAGAAAGAACAGGAGACGAGAGAAGAGCUGUGA